AUGCCGGCCAGACUUUAUCUAAAAGGAUUUAAAGAUGGUUAUAUUGAUAAUGAUGAGACAGAGGAUUUAGAAAUUUGCGAUAUGGAUUUAGAAAAAUUUUUUUUUUUGGAAGACAACGAUAAAAUAGAUGAAGAUAUGGAAUUGGAAAGUCAUAAAGAUUGA